CGUAAGCCUUCUUCUUUGAUGGUGCUGGGCGGCUAGCGAAUUCGUUGAGCUUCCUCUUUAAGUUAUAAGUGAAGACCAGUUAUUUGGUCGCAAUGUUUGUGCGAUGUCGGCUUCUUCAGCUAACCAAUGGCACUUCCUGUUCAUGGACCAGUGUUAUUCGGUCGAUCUGCUUUGUUGCUGUUCUGUUGCUGCAGUCUGCUGAAGCGGACGGUCAGUUUCAGAUCAAACCAUUAAUUUCUGAAGAGCAGUUGCUGUGGGUAAGUGGGUUUGAAGGAGCUGUCAAUACAUAUAGGAUCCCACUUUUGUCCUUCACUCCCAAAGGAAGUCUUGUUGCUUUUGCAGAAGCUAGGAAAGGUUCUUCCUCUGAUGGAGGGGCAAAAUUUAUUGCCAUGCGCCGUUCAGUUGAUAAAGGUGCCACUUGGAGCCCAACCUCUUUUAUUGUGGACGAUGGCAUUGUGCCAGAUGGUCUGAGCCUAGGUUCUGUGGUUGUGGAUGAGGAGACUGGAUCUGUUUUCCUUUUCUACACAUUGUGUGCUCACUAUUACCUCUGCAAUGUCUCAAGCACCUUUUUAAUCGAAAGUACAGAUGAUGGCCUAACCUGGAGUAAACCACGUAACAUUUCUAAAGAAGUGGGGACCAAAAUGUUCUGUCCUGGGCCAGGAUAUGGAAUUCAGAAAAAGCUGCCUCCAAACAAGGGACGUUUGAUAGUCUGUGGACAUGGAACAAUUGAGGGUGAUGGAGUAUUUUGUCUGCUUAGUGAUAAUCAUGGUCAGAGUUGGAGAUAUGGGGCCAGUUUAAAGAGCAUUCCCUACAACCAGAAAAAAAAGGCCAAUGAUUUUAACCCUGAUGAGUGCCAGCCCAUGGAACUACCUGAUGGCUCUGUAAUAAUCAAUGCUCGAAAUCAAAAUUUCUACCAUUGUAACUGCCGAGUAGUUGUGAGAAGUGAUGAUGGUUGUGAAACCUUGCCACUGGAAAAUUUGACGUUUGAUGAAGAACUUAUUGAUCCUGCUGUAGCUGCAGGAGCACUUAUCAAGAAUAAUGUAAUGUUUUUCAGCAACCCUGCUGAUCUUCAUAAGCGUAUAAAUUUGACACUGCGUUGGUCAACUAAUAAUGGAAAGACCUGGGUCCCAGAGAAGCUUCUUAUUUGGCCAAAUCCUAGUGGAUACUCAACAAUGACAUCGCUAAGCAAUGACAUAGAUGACAAAGAACAUAUAUUUCUCCUUUAUGAAAAGGGAAUAAAGGAUUAUUUUGAAAGCAUAUCAUUUGUAAAAAUAAACCUUUAUGGGAGGAUUUAGGCUUCUACUAUCUGGAUACCUGAUUUUUUUGGACAAAAUGCUUUAAUAUAUCUUAAGACAAUUGAUUUAUCUCCCUUGACAACAAAUCCUCACAGAAUUUUUUUUUAACCUUCUUCAGAUAUUGAGAAUUGCCAGUGCAGUCUUUGGAAGUGAAUGUAGAUUGUCCAUAUAAAACCUGAUAUAGUGAUUAUCUGUAAAAUCUAAAAGAAGAGUUUAUAUAUCUGUUCACAGUUCCAUCUGCAUAUUGUGUUUGAGAAGAAGAAAUAAGCUCACUUUCACUAAUUUUCAUUUUUGAUUUGCACUUAGUUUAUGAUCAGAAAAAAAUCAUUUUAUAUUACCGGAAGCUGUUUCAGAGCAACAGACUUGCUCAUGUUUAAAAAUGACAAGGCUUUUAUUUUAAGAUUUGCAUUUAACUAAAUAAGGAAAAUAUUUCCCAAGAUGCUCAGUGUUUCAUUGAAAUUAUCAUUUUCUGAUUAAUGCAAUAAAAACACAUUUUUAUCUCUUUUUUUACCUCAGGAAAGUCUUUGUGACACCAUAUAGUUUAAAGAAAAAAUAAAUGCACUUUAAGGAUUUAUUCAAGGAUUGUUAAAAGAAAAAUGUUUACAUUUUAUAGUACCACGAAUAUUAUUAUGUAAUUAGGAAUUGUUUCCUUUUUUCUGUAAAUACAUUUGGAAAUUUUGUAAUGUGGUAAUAAAGGUGAAUUUCUAACUAA